AAAAUCCUAAUUUUGGUAUUGAAUUUUGGGAAAAGAAUUUAAACAAAGCAAAUUAUUUUAAAAUGCUUGAAUUGUUUAACGAAAGCUCUAUGUUAAAAUCUGAUUUAAAAGCGAAUAAUGAUAAUUUUUAUUGGAAUAUUUGGCAAGGAUUAAAAGAAUAUGCAAAAAAACUGGAUAUAUAUGAUGAACAGUUAGGUAGAAGGCUUGUGAUUAAACCGAUUUUAUAUGAAUCUCCCAUAAGUACUAUGGGUUUUGAUAGAGGAUAUGAAACUAAUCAGAAUCAUCAUAUUGGUGAAUUAGAUAAUAUGGCUCAAAAUAUUAAAGUUGAGAGCGAAUCUAAUGACUUAACUCAAGUUAACCGUAGUUUAAUUAAUGAGUAUCAAAUAGAUAAUUCACAUACUUCAUCUCGAGAUACUAACACCCAAGAAGAU